AUGAAUCGUGAAGAAACUGAACGCUACAUUAAUGUGGUGGUGACGACAAACUUCUGGAAAGGUGAACGAGGUGCCGAAAUCAAAUUCAUGUAUCCAGCGUUAUAUCGCACAAGUUGUAUGCUUGACAUUAGAUAUUUUCCGUACGAUCAGCAAGAGUGCAAGCUGACAAUCUCUUCAUGGACGUCGUCGAAGAGCGACAUCGAUUACAAAGCCGAGUUCAACAGCGUGAAUCUUGACAAUUUCAUUCCCAACGAAGAGUGGAUCGUGAUCAGCUUUGAUAUAAAACGAGUUGAGGAAAAAUUCGUCUGCUGUCCGGAACCAUGGGUACUGCUCGAGGCUGUGCUGGUAGUACGUCGUAAGCCGCUCUACUACAUUGUGAAUUUGGUCAUCCCCACAUCGGUCAUCACCAUGGUUGCUGUCACCGGUUUUUUCACAGCUGCAUCGACAAGCUCCGAGAGACGUGAAAAGCUUUCACUCGGUAUCGAUUCACUACUAGCGAUGUCGAUUCUAAUGAUGAUGGUUUCAGAACAGAUGCCUACCACCAGCGAUUAUGUUCCACUUUUUGGUCUCUUCUACCUCACCAUUAUAUUUGUAAUAUUCGUCGGGACACUUUUCACUGCGUUCAUAUUGAAUAUUCAUCUACAGAAAGUGUAUGCAAGACCUGUUUCGCCAUUGAUUUCGUUCAUAUUCCUUAAUAAAAGGCCACUGGACAAAUUUAAAGCAAGCAGAGAAAAACGGUUGCUAACAGCUCUGCAGAUGAUAGGAUACGCUCUGGAAUGGGAAUACCUAGCAACUGUACUAGAUCGACUGCUUCUGAUUGUCUUCUCGUUGAUCGUCUUUCUUGUUACUUUUCUUAUGAUUUCUGUCGGCGAAGCGAUGCAUUUUUCCUAUGAACUCCCAGCAGAUUCUUCUCGUCAGACGACGAAACCCUAG